GGAGCGUCUGGGAUGUGGGCUGGGUGGCUUUUAGGCCGGCGUUUGCUUGAAAACCUCCGCCGCCGCUAGGCCGGGGGCAGGCAAUGGCAGGGGAUGUGUGAUUGCGGACAGUGAGAGGGCCGUUGCUAUCAUGCCCGGGCGCGCGGGCGUCGCCCGGUUCUGCUUGCUGGCUCUCGCUCUGCAGCUACAUUGGCCGCUGGCGGCGUGCGAGCCGGGAUGGACCACAAGAGGAAGCCAAGAAGGUAGCCCUCCGCUACAGCAUGAACUCAUAAUACCUCAGUGGCGGACUUCAGAAAGCCCUGGGAGAGGAAAGCAUCCACUCAGAGCAGAGCUCAGGGUCAUGGCUGAAGGGCGAGAGCUGAUCCUAGACCUGGAGAAGAACGAGCACCUUUUUGCUCCAGCCUACACAGAAACCUGCUACACUGCAAGUGGCAAUCCUCAAACCAGCACGCUGAAGUCUGAGGAUCACUGCUUUUACCACGGGACUGUGAGGGACGUGGAUGAGUCCAGUGUCACGCUCAGCACCUGCCGGGGAAUUAGAGGACUGAUUAUAGUGAGAAGUAACCUCAGCUACAUCAUCGAGCCCGUCCCUAACAGCGACAGCCAACACCGUAUUUACAGAUCCGAACAUCUCACGCUGCCCCCGGGGAACUGUGGGUUCGAGCACUCCGGGCCCACCUCGAAGGACUGGGCCCUUCAGUUUACACAUCAGACCAAAAAGCAACCUCGCAGAAUGAAACGGGAAGAUCUACACUCUAUGAAGUACGUGGAGCUUUACCUGGUGGCUGAUUAUGCAGAGUUUCAGAAGAAUCGACAUGACCAGGAUGCCACCAAACGCAAGCUCAUGGAGAUUGCCAACUAUGUUGAUAAGGUGAGACCAGUUUUACCGCUCCCUGAACAUCCGAAUUGCACUUGUCGGCUUGGAGGUGUGGACGCAUGGGGAUAAGUGUGAAGUUUCAGAGAAUCCCUACUCUACCCUCUGGUCCUUUCUUAGUUGGAGGCGCAAGCUGCUUGCUCAGAAGAGCCAUGACAAUGCUCAGCUAAUCACGGGCAGGUCCUUCCAAGGCACCACCAUUGGCCUGGCCCCCCUCAUGGCCAUGUGCUCCGUGUACCAGUCUGGAGGAGUUAGCAUGGACCACUCCGAGAAUGCCAUUGGUGUAGCCUCCACUGUGGCCCAUGAGAUUGGCCACAACUUUGGCAUGAGCCAUGAUUCUGCACACUGCUGUUCUGCCAGUGCAGCCGAUGGCGGCUGCAUCAUGGCCGCCGCCACCGGGCACCCUUUCCCCAAAGUGUUCAGUUGGUGUAACAGGAAGGAGCUGGACAGGUAUCUGCAGACAGGAGGAGGGAUGUGUCUCUCCAACAUGCCGGACACUAGGACGCUGUAUGGAGGCCGGAGGUGUGGCAACGGGUACCUGGAAGACGGUGAAGAAUGUGACUGUGGAGAAGAGGAGGAAUGUAAGAACCCUUGCUGCAAUGCCUCCAACUGCACUCUGAAGGAAGGGGCAGAGUGUGCCCAUGGUUCCUGCUGCCACCAGUGCAAGCUGGUGGCUCCUGGAACCCAGUGUCGGGAGCAGGUUCGGCAAUGUGACCUCCCCGAGUUCUGCACCGGCAAGUCUCCCCACUGCCCCACCAACUAUUAUCAGAUGGAUGGCACCCCCUGCGAGGGUGGCCAGGCCUACUGCUACAACGGCAUGUGCCUCACUUACCAGGAACAGUGCCAGCAGCUGUGGGGACCUGGAGCCCGGCCUGCCCUCGAUCUUUGCUUUGAGAGGGUGAAUGCUGCUGGUGACACCUAUGGAAACUGUGGCAAGGGCUUGAAUGGCCAAUACAGGAAGUGCAGUCCCAGGGAUGCCAAGUGUGGGAAGAUUCAGUGCCAGAGCACCCAGGCCCGGCCCCUGGAAUCCAACGCAGUAUCUAUUGACACCACCAUCACCUUGAACGGGAGGCGGAUCCACUGUCGGGGCACCCACGUCUACCGGGGUCCUGAGGAGGAGGAAGGGGAAGGUGACAUGCUGGACCCAGGGCUGGUGAUGACUGGAACCAAGUGUGGCCACAACCAUAUUUGCUUCGAGGGGCAGUGCAGGAACACCUCCUUCUUUGAGACGGAAGGCUGUGGGAAAAAGUGCAAUGGCCACGGGGUCUGCAACAACAACAAGAACUGUCAUUGCUUCCCUGGCUGGUCUCCACCUUUCUGUAACACCCCGGGAGAUGGUGGCAGCGUCGACAGUGGUCCUUUGCCCCCUAAGAGUGUGGGUCCCGUGAUCGCUGGGGUGUUUUCAGCUCUCUUCGUGUUGGCAGUUCUGGUGCUACUGUGUCACUGCUACAGACAGAGCCACAAACUGGGCAAACCCUCGGCUCUCCCUUUCAAGCUGCGGCAUCAGUUCAGUUGUCCCUUCAGGGUAUCUCAGAGUGGUGGAACUGGCCAUGCCAACCCAACUUUCAAGUUGCAGACCCCCCAGGGCAAGCGAAAGGUGACUAACACCCCUGAAUCCCUCCGGAAGCCGUCCCACCCCCCUCCCCGGCCCCCUCCAGACUACCUGCGCGUUGAAUCGCCACCUGCACCAUUGCCGGCACAUCUGAACAGGGCUGCUGGGAGCUCCCCAGAAGCUGGGGCUCGAAUAGAAAGAAAGGAGUCAGCCAGGAGGCCUCCCCCAAGCCGACCCAUGCCCCCUGCACCUAACUGCCUACUGUCCCAGGACUUCUCCAGGCCUCGACCACCUCAGAAGGCACUCCCAGCCAAUCCGGUGCCAGGCCAAAGGACCGGUCCCAGGUCAGGAGGCACCUCCCUGCUUCAGCCCCCUACUUCUGGUCCUCAGCCCCCCAGGCCUCCAGCAGUGCCUGUUCCAAAGCUACCCGAGUACCGAUCACAGAGGGUUGGAGCAAUAAUUAGCUCCAAGAUCUAGAAGUGUCGAGAAGUUUCUUGUUCCGAUGGAAGACUCCGGAUGCCAUGGAAGGUCCAGAAGAAAGACGCCUUCUCACCCAUCCUGAAGCUUUGGCAGCCUUCUGGAACGUCCCUCAUCCCCAGAAUCUCCCUUCUUACCCGAGUGCCUCCUGCUUCCUCCGAGGCCCAGGGGGACUCAUAUCCAAUGGCUCCUAAGUGUUUGUCCUGUGCAAUAUACAGCCCAGGGAGGGAAGGGAAGCACGGCGAGGAGGGUGGGAAAGGUUCUCCCUCAGCCCACUAGCCAAGAGCUACCAGCGAUGCUCAGGGAAGGCUUGAGCUGGGGUCCUCCUCUGCGGAGCUUGGAGAAGGUACCCAUCCUGGUCCUAUGCUGGCAGGAACACACGCGAGUGUCACUGAUUGGCCUCCUUCUGGGAUCCCAGGCUGCUGAGGAAGCUACUGCUACAUCCCUACCCCAAGGGGCUUGGUCAAGGUGCCUGUUCCUGGCUCUCUGGCUGCAUGUGAUAAGCCAUGCUCCCCUCCCCUGCCUUUCUUCACAUUCCCACUCCCAUAUUUACACGGGUCACUCUGACUCAGACAGGUACUAUUUGUAAGUAGCAUAGACAGCAGGGGGGUGGGGUGGUCAACCUGUGUCCCCUCUGAGCCGUUAUGCCAAAGGUCACUAAGGACAUUUAGAAUCCCCAUCCAUCCAUCCAUCCAUCCAUCCAUCCAUCCAUUCAUCCAUCCCCAGUGUUCCAUGUGUCACCUUCUCCUUUUCCAGCAUCCCUAUCCUAUGGUGCUUUGGUGGUGAACUAUGGCAGUCCUGACUUGCUGAUGACCAUAUGCUGGUGACCUACAAAUCGGGAUCCUGCCAUAUGGGGUCGCCACUGGACUUUCUGCACUGGAUCUCAAGAGCGUUGAGCCGAGUGGGCGUGUAUGUGUGUGUGUGUGUGUGUGUGUGUGUGUGUGUGUGUGUGUGUGUGUGUGUGAAAGAGACAGAGGCAAUGAGAGAGACAGACAUGCAGGCAGGCCGACAGCUCUGCAUGUACUUGUGUUUUACGGCCUCAAGCAGAAUAAGGGACCUCCUCCUUAUUUCUGACUCAUAUCUAAGUAAGGUUCCCCAGGACAGCCACAGUUGUACUGAGGGGGGCUGACAUGUUUGGCAUCCUGGCUAUAGUAUUGUAUACACAGGGCCACCAGCCCCGCCCUAGUGGUCAGCUCUGAGGGGGGACUGGUGACUCUGAACAGAUCGAUGUCAACAGCCAUGGUGAACCAGAUCUGGGCAGGGUUCCCCAAACUCUAUUCAACCAGAGUUUUAUCACGCACCUCAUCGGGUCUCUCCUGGUUGCUGCCCCGAGGUGAUCGUCAUGGAAAAUGCUGAGAAGGUGGGAAUGGGAUGGGGUGGACCUUCUCUUGCUUGGUGCUCCGCUAUUUGGAACAGUUCUUACACAUUUGCUGGGCCUGGCCUCUGAGAGGCCAUCUUCCACCCCCAGAAAGGUGCUAAUGGCACUGCAGAGGGCUCUCUAGGGGCCUCCCCGCCCCAACAGCAAGCAGUUGUUAGCUCUUGGAACCCUCCAGAGGAAGAGGCAAGCGUUUGACUUCCCCUUUACCACCUGAGGCCUCCUUAUAUCUCUUCCCAGAGUAAGCUUUGGGAUUGUAGACAUGUGGGAGCUAUGACAGACGUGGCCUGGGGUAGAAAGAUCUCAGGAAAGCACCUUUCUCCUUUUCAGGGUGACCGUGCUCUUCACACUCUCUGAGGCCUCAGUCCAUGUCCUAUAUCAGUUUCUCUUUUGUGUGCUUUACCAAGUGGCCGGUGACUACAGGCCACCCCGAUUCUCACCACAAAGUUAGAAACCCUCCACUUUCUGUCCCUUGAACCAUAUCAGAAAAAGACCCAUUUCCUUGCUCUUUGGUAAUCACUUCUGUUUUUUUCUUUUUCAUUACUUUGCUACCACCUCCAUCCCAUGACAUUAUACUGUGAAGUGUAAGAGGACGGGGUUUUUUUAAACUUGGUAGAAAUGUCGGCAGCUGCUCUACACACAACUUCACUCAAGGCUUUGUUUCCAGAGGCCAGCUAGGCUGUCACAGGCAGGAAUCCCUUCCCAUCUGCUUUGUGAAGGGUCCCAUACAGGUGUAUCUAGACUUCAAGGACAGGGUUUGUCUCACAGGAUUGUCACUUAGGAGAUGAAAGAAUAUUACCACAUGAGGAGGAGGGGCAGUUGCAACAGAACACUUUGGUCUUCCUACACCAAGUCUGUGAGGGCAUCCAAGACUGAAUGAAAGCGCUUUUCUUAUGCAUACAAUGUGAGCAAGAACAAGAACUGUUUAAGGCACCUCUGUUCCCAGCCACUGAAGAGAGACGUCAGAAGAUGUUAGAAUAGGUCAAAGCCAAGGCUCUGGUGGGCUGAGGGAAGGUUUGUAGCUGCGUUUAGUGGUAUACAUCUUUAGUCCCAGCAUAGGCAGGUGAAUCUCGAGUUUGAAGCUAGCCUGGUCUAAAAAGGAAGUUCCAAGACUGCCAGGGCCACACAGAGGAAAAAAAAAACCCUCUAGAAAAACAAAAAUGAAGACAGGAUCUCAUGUAUCGUAGAUUGGCCUUUAAGUCACUUUACCAAGGAUGAUCUUUGAACUCCUGAGUACAGACUGCGGGUGUGUGCUACCAUGCUUUAUGUGGCCCUGGGUUCAAACACAGCCCUUCAUAUGUAUAUAGCCAAACACUCUACAACUGAGCUACAUCCUCCAGCCUAGGCUGUAAAUGUUUUUUGGAGCUAGAUUAGCUGCCUGCCAACCUUAGAACUGCAAAGCCAUUCCUGACCUGUAAACCUCAGCUCUCCAUCUCUAUAAGAGGUAUAGCCUGGGCUAAUACCGUCCAAGUUACAACUCCUUGCUUGCUUUCUGUUCCUUCUAGCCUUGGUGACUUCCACCAGGAAGAGAAUACCCCCUCUCUACCCCUGCUCCAAGACACUGUAGAUGCUAGUGUCGGAGUGUUCUCUGUAACGCGACAGUUCCUUCUGUUGCAAUAGCCCCCCUGCAACACUGCAAUAAUCCUUCAGUGUCUCCCCUGGGCUCAAUUCACUUCCUUAUUUGACAAAGUGGAGGUGAGACUUGUAUUCUUAAAAUUGGAGGCUAGUUAUUUUGUCAAAUGCAUGUAAUGAACAGACCCGAAGGAAUCCUCCACACACAAGCCAGGGAACACCAACUGGAAAGGUACCCCGUCCCAGGGAAGCCUGCUAGGGAGAGGUUCUGUAGAAUCCGAGCCUAGCACCCCAAAGUCAUGCACCCAGUAUCCUCUUGUAUGACUGUAUAUGUCUAUGUCUGGGAUCCAGGGCAAAUGUGAAUUUUCUUUUGAUUUGGGAGAUUGUUCACAGGAAGUAGUCCUCCCCUCUCAUGUCCUCCUAUUGAUUGUUUACAAUAUUUGUACAUCUAUGCAAAAUACUUGAAUGGGCCAUGGUGCCUUGUUUUUUGUUGUUGUUGUUAUUUUUUUCUCCUUGUUUGUAUUUAAUUAAAACAAAUUGUCAUGAGGAAAUGUU